AUGAAUCAUUCGGUCGCCGUUGGAAGAGGGCCCAUGCUAACGCAUAGUCCCCAGGAUUACAACCAUGCUACAGAUAGUGAAUAUCAGAGACUAAGAGAUCUUGCGGAGCAGGCUUACGAACGUAAACAUAAGCUUUCUCAUGAAUCUCAGGUUGCUUAUAAGAGUGGACAAAAAGCUAAGGCGCACGAAUUGAGUGAGAAAUCAAAGCAGGAAGUUGCUAAAGCUGAAGAUUACAAUUUACAAGCUGCGGAAUACGUAUUUAGACAAAAUAAUGCAGAUUCUGCUAGCGAUGAAAUUGAUCUUCAUGGAUUAUACGUUAAGGAGGCACAGUGGAUCUUGAAAAAAAGAAUUUAUGCAACGAUUCAACAAGGUGAUCCGCAAAUUCGAGUCAUUGUUGGUAAAGGCUUACAUUCACCUCACGGAAUUGCUAAAUUAAAACCUGCAGUAGAAGAGCUUUGUGAUGAAGCUAGAUUAAAGAAUUAUAUUGAUCCUCACAAUGCUGGUGUUUUGAUAAUUGAAUUAAAAGGUUCACAGGUACCACAAUCUUGGAAUGCACCUGAUCCUGGUUUAUCUGUAAGCAAACCCCAACAAGCACAUACUAUGGGUUACCAACCUCCACAGGGACCACAAUACCAACAGCAACAGCAACCACAUAUGGCUCCACCACAGCAGCAACAACAGCAACAACAGGGAGGCGAUGGGAAUUUGCUGGUUCAAAUGCUCUCACUCCUAUGUGUUUGUAUUUCCAAGAGCUUAUAG